AAGUGGGCGCAUGUCAUUUAACGUAGUCCGCUGGAUAGAGGGGGUUCGGUUUCAAAAUGGCGGGAGGCGAGGAGGUUUUCGAACUUCGCUAGAAAUUUCAAAUCCGAUGGAGGUUCUUCCAAUCCUAGAGAGUAAUAACUCGCCGAAACCAAACGUGUGGUACGUUCUAUCGCCAGAGGGAGAAGCUCCAUGCAUAAGGGUCGGCCAUACCUGUACGUUUGUGGGUGGUGAGCCGCGGCGUGUUCUGGUGAUAGGUGGAGCAAAUCCUGAUGGAUCGUUCGCUGAUGUUUAUUCCUUGGAUCUAGAUAAGUUUGAGUGGAGUUGUCCAGACUGGACAGGUAUUGCCAGUCGUUAUGAGCACUCAGCUUUCAUUCCUGAGUGCAAUCCGAAGAAAGUUUACAUAUUUGGUGGAGCACAACAAGCUACAAACUUGAAUGACGUUCAAGCUCUUGAUGUAGGUAAAUUACUUUAAGUUACCGUUUAACCAUGCCUUGCACAUAAAGCUGACAUGACUAUCAUUAGGGCUAUUUUACACUUGGAUUGAAAUCAGAAUUUUAGUUCUACACCAAUUAGGACACUUCUU